UUCGACCUGUUUCCAUUGUGUCCUUAAGUAUGUUUAAAAUUUACCCCCUAAUUCCAUGCGGUUUUGUCUUUCACGCGUGGGGUUUGGUGUCCUUGCGCCUGCAUCGGAGGACCCUGCCCGUAGAGAAAAUGGUUCACUCUGGUCCCCAUCCUUUUUCUAGGCUUGCUAUUGUGCGCCCGUGAUCGACAAGACCACGAGGCUGAGCGCGCCCAGGAGGUUUUUUCUAUAAAUGGCUUAAAGCCCUAGUCUAGACUAUUUUCUCGGAUAAAAGGGGGAGACAAUUACCUUCUUGUUCUUUGCUGGUGAACCCUGGCUCUGUAGGGCGAACCUGGAAUUUAACCAGUCUGCCCGAAGCCGGCGGUGGAGGACAAAAACAGCCGCGACCUCCGGCAGGGCAGAAAGAGAAGGGCAGCCCUCGCAGGACGCUCUCCUUUGGGGCUCGUGCCUGGGUGUUUGAUCCUCCUUUUCCUGUUUGCUUGGGGACCGGACCGGAGCGGAGCAAAGGGUGUGAUGGACUGCAAUAAUGGAUGCUCCGCGGAAUGUACCGGAGAAGGAGGAUCAAAAGAGGUGAUGGAGACUUUUAAGGCUAAAGAUCUAAUAAUCACACCAGCCACCGUUUUAAAGGAAAAACCAGACCCCAAUACUCUGGUUUUUGGAACGGUUUUCACGGAUCACAUGUUAACAGUGGAGUGGUCCUCGGAGUUUGGAUGGGAGAAACCACACAUCAAGCCUCUUCAAAACCUGUCAUUGCAUCCAGGUUCGUCGGCUUUCCACUAUGCAGUGGAAUUAUUUGAAGGAUUGAAGGCAUUUCGGGGAGUAGAUAAUAAAAUUCGUCUGUUUCGGCCAAACCUCAACAUGGAUAGAAUGUACCGGUCUGCUAUGAGGGCGACUUUGCCGGCGUUUGACAAGGAAGAGCUUUUAGAGUGUAUUCAGCAGCUUGUGAAAUUGGAUCAAGAAUGGGUCCCCUACUCAACAUCUGCAAGUCUGUAUAUUCGUCCUACAUUCAUUGGAACUGAGCCUUCUCUGGGAGUCAAGAAGCCUACUAAAGCCCUGCUCUUUGUAAUCUUGAGCCCAGUGGGACCUUAUUUUUCAAGUGGAAGCUUUAAUCCGGUGUCCCUGUGGGCCAAUCCGAAGUAUGUAAGAGCCUGGAAAGGUGGGACCGGGGACUGCAAGAUGGGAGGGAAUUAUGGCUCAUCUCUCUUUGCCCAAUGUGAAGCAAUGGAUAACGCAUGUCAGCAGGUUCUGUGGCUCUAUGGAGAGGAUAAUCAGAUAACUGAAGUUGGAACAAUGAAUCUUUUUCUUUACUGGAUAAAUGAAGAUGGAGAUGUACUUACUACUGAGAUGUCAACUGAAGGAAUUUAUUUAUCUAUCUAUUUAUUUAUUUAUUUAUUUGUGGCUGCAUUGGGUCUUCGUUGCUGCGCACGGGCUUUCUGUAGUUGCGAGGAAGAACUGGCAACUCCUCCACUAGAUGGCAUCAUUCUUCCAGGAGUGACAAGGCAGAGCAUCCUGGACCUGGCACACAAGUGGGGAGAAUUUAAGGUGUCAGAGAGGUACCUCACCAUGGACGACCUGACCACAGCCGUGGAGGAGAACCGCGUGAGGGAGAUGUUUGGUUCUGGUACCGCCUGUGUUGUUUGCCCAGUUUCGAAUAUACUGUACAAGGGUGAGACUAUACACAUCCCAACUAUGGAGAAUGGGCCAAAGCUUGCAAGCCGCAUCUUGGACAAAUUGACUGAUAUUCAGUACGGAAGAGAAGAGAGUGACUGGACAAUCACAGUAUCCUGAAUGGAAAAGAACAGGCUAUCAUUUGUGUGCUUUUGGGACAGACUGUUGCAUUUGAAUUAUGAGACAUUUCUUUGGUUACCUGUUUUUAGUUGCGCAUAAUGUAGUUUGUAUUAUCAGUGUUACCAGGGCGAUUGUUUCCUCAUGCCAGAGAAGAUGAAUUGCAAUCAUCCAGUAGUAGUUUAUAAACUUGCUCCUAGAAGCUUACCUUACCUUCUCUAGAAAGAUGAGAGUGGAAGCCAUCUAAGCGUAGAAUUUUCCUCCAUAACCUGAGUGCUUCCCUUGGUACUUCAAUCAGAUAAAAAAAGUGUUUAUUCUUUAGCAUAAGUUACGUUCUGCUCCUCAACCAAGUGUUUUUGUGUUUGAAAGCUGAUCUGAGUAAAUUUCAUAGGUACCAUUUCCUGCGACACAUCUUCAUCCUCAGAAAGUGGUUUUUUUUUUGUUUUAAAUCAAGGCUUUGAGAAACUGGAUUUCCUCCCCUCAUAUUUCUUUCCAGGUCCCCUAAGUCCGUCUUAGAGAAAAUCUCUCCCUCCUUCCUGAUGUCAUGGUCUGCGCCAGGCUCUCCUGGUGCAUCAGCAAGGCCCACCUCUGCCCUUUCCACAUUGUGUUGUAAUCAGCAGUCAGGCUUCACUACAAGACUGAGGGUCUUGUGCCUUAUAGAUCUUUGUAUUCCCCUGCCUGGCACAUAACAAGGAAUGAAUGAACAUGUACCUUCUAUAGAAGUGUACCUUUGUUUCUAUAUUGUGAAACCUCUCUAUUAGAAUUUGUGAUUGAUUCUGACUUUGUAUUUACCUCAUAUUGUCUUUAUUUUCCAUGGACUGCUAAGUCAUUAGAGAUGCUCAGAGUCAUAGUUAGUUGGAGGAAUGAUUUCUUAUUUGAAGACUGUCUUGGAAUUAAAGUAAUAGCUCUAGAGAGAUCAUGAUACCAUACCAACCAAAUGGAAAUGAUAUAUGUUUCGUGUUAAACACAUAAAUGUUGUGUUAAAUACAAAGUAAAUCAUAUUUAGGUUUUUGAUAGACAGCAAAGAGGUAUAUACCCUGGUUUUUAUACCCUGGUUUUUUAGGUGCCCAUUUCUGUCGAAUGGGGAUUGGAUAAGCACAUGGUUAGGGUACAGGGAGAGUGAUUAUAGAUGAUAUUUUCCUUGUUUGGGAGCCAUGAGUUAAAAUUGUAUCCUGGUUUAUCUAGGGGAAAGUCAAAUCUUGAUAGAAAACAUAUACCCUUGGAAGGUCAACUCUCAGACAUUAUAUUUUGGUUUCCUUUAGUCCUAAUAACUUUCAUCUUGCUGAUCAUAUUUCAUCCUCUUUUCAGAGCAAGGAAAAAAAUUCUAAAAGUUUUGACGUGCUGGAAAAUUUUCCUUAAGGCAUUUAGCAACGCAUAGCAAAUGGGGCUUUGAUUCUUUUCCAAGACCUUUGGCCAUAGAGUCUUUUUAGAUAGGAACGGUAAAAUGAAAAUGAGGGAAGGAUAAGAUGAAAAGGAAUGGUAAAAAUGUCUUUUAGGGGGCUUUUAAUUGGCGAUCUGAAGUCUUGGGAGAGUCUGUUCUUUUAAGGUAGGGCUGAAGUGCUUUAACUAUCCUCUGCACAAAUUUGUUCACUAAGUAGCAUUCUAAGAGUAUACAUUUGCCUUGGCCAAAUCCUGGGACCUCAUUUUCAAUAUUGUAGGCUAGAAAUGACUUAAGGUAAUUCUAACCUGUCAGGUAGCCCAUAAUAACCAGACUCAGCAUUCCUAUGAGAAAUGGAAAUCAUCUAUUUGCCACAAAUACAUUUUAUACUUUGCAUCUCUGAAUUUAGUAUGGCGAGACAUGUUCGUUGUAAGAGUUGGAGAACAAUAUGUCUUGACAUUAUGUCUGUGUGAUUUCUUUCAUCAAACCUUAAGAGCAUUUUAAGCCCUUUCUACCAGACUCUGAAGAUGGACGAUAUACAUUUAAAGAAACAAGGUCUCCUAAAACAGAGAACACAAUCUGCCAUUCUCGUUUAAGUAAUAAGACAGGAAAUUGACCUUGACACUAACUUGUUAAAUAGAUUUAAAGGGAACAUCUGCACAUCUUUUUUCCUUGUGCACUAUUUGUUUAAUUGCAGUGGAUUAAUACAGCAAGAGUGGCACAUUAUAACUAGGCAAUUAUCCAUUCUUCAAGACUUAGUUAUCGUAACACUAAUUGAUCAUUUAAGGCGUAAGAUAGGCUAGCAUUAGGAACAUGUGAGGCUAAUCUGCUCAAAAAGAUCAACAAAUUAAUAUUGUUGCUGAUAUUUGCAUAAUGGGCUGCAAUUAGUUAAUGUUUAAUUGGGUUGAUCAAAUGGGAUUCAGCAAUUCACAUGUGCGUGAAUAUAAACAGAACUGGUGGCGCUUAAAAUGAUAAUGAUUAACUUAUUUUGCGUGUUCUCUUCCUUCCACUUUUUUUUUCAGUUUUUACAUUUCAGACCAAGUUCAUCAGCCUUUUUCAAAACACAUCAGUAGGGGCUUCCCUGGGGGCACAGUGGUUGCGCGUCCGCCUGCCGAUGCAGGGCAGCCGGGUUCGCGCCCCGGUCUGGGAGGAUCCCACGUGCCGCGGAGCGGCUGGGCCCGUGAGCCGUGGCCGCUGAGCCUGCGCGUCCGGAGCCUGUGCUCCGCAACGGGAGAGGCCACAACAGAGGGAGGCCCGCAUACCACAAAAAAAAAAAAAAAAAAAAAACACAUCAGUAGAAACCAAGACUUUAAAACGAAGCUUUCAGGCAUUAGACAAAACCUGAGCAUUUCCUAAAGCUAUUCGCUGUUAGGAAUUAUCUUUGUUACAGUCAUUUAUCAAGGAUUCAACUCAUGAUACACCAAGAGAAGAGUCCAUUUCAGGGAUGUGUAUCGUGCUCCCCAGAACCUGCAGGACUGCAUAAACUAGUAAUACCUAAUAAAACCUUUACUUUGAAAAGUACAGAGGAAAAGUAAAAGGGAAAGAGGAAUAAAUGACUGAGAAAACUUGUUAGGGAAUCACUUUUUUUUUCUUCCCGGUAAACACCGUUUAUUCUUUUCUCAAAAGAUUGUCACGAGAAAAAAAAAAAGAUCAGAGGUAGCAAGAAAGCACAAUGUCACAUCGAUUAUAUAACUUGGCAAUGUCAGCCCUCCUGAAGAUCUGGGAAGCCUACAUUAUACACCUUCAUCAUACCUAGCUUUCCUGAGAUCAGAGUACUCUGGGGCACUUAAAGGCAAUUAAUGAGUAUAUCUUGGUCAAAAGAAUUGUAGGAACUUUUUAUUAAAGCUUCGGUUUCAGCUCUGCUUUAGGGAGUUUGUGCUAUAAAAUUAGCUGCCAACAUAAGCUUAUUUAUUUUCCCCAUUCCCACUUAGUGCUCAAUCACUGUAUUCUUUUUCACUUAAAAGUUCCUUUUUAAAAUUAUAUGUUCACUUUACCCUUAUGAUUGGGAAAAAUCUAUUUUAAGCAGGAAACGACAACAUUCACUCACUUUCAAUGAGUGAUAUUUUCUAAAAUAUUUAGAGCAAUAAACAUUCAUGAGAUGCACUAAAGCUUAGACAGGGGUUAGAGAAACAUUGUAAGAGGGGUCUUUGAUUUCAUGUCCUGAUUCUAAAUAGGAUCAAAGAAUUAUUCCUUUAAUGUGGAUUUACGAUAUGCAAAAACUUAAGUUAUAGAUAGUAAUCCUGGCACAUAAUUUUAGUAGAUGUUUAUAACACCUAUCUCUUUGUUUUGCCACAAGUAGAAUUUGUUCAGCUGUCUGUUUUCCAGAUAUCUCCUCACAAGAGGAGGCAGAGAGUACCACUCUUUCAGUAAGCAUUACUUAUUAAUUGACAGAGAUCCCAGAGAUUGUAAUUAAUUGGAUCAGUUAACUUGAUAAAUGUUGAUCGAGUACCCACAAAUAUGUGUCUAACACAACUCACAGUAGGGAUUAGAGAGUUAGUUUUAGAAAAUAAGUAGUAUAUAGACAUUACCCUCAUGGAGUUUAUACUCUCCUACUUGAAGUUUUAGGUAUAAAAGUAAUAUUUAAUACAGUUAGAUGAUAAGGAGAUAAAGGCCAGAGCACACCUGUUAUCAGUGUGCUAUCAAGAAAUCACAAUAAACAUUUUCAUCUCAUUUUUAAAAGAAAUAAUGUCCUUUUUUCCAUUCCUUUCUUUCCUCAUGGGAAACUACUCAGUAGAUUAGUAUUUAGGGGGUUCUUGGUGUGAAUUACCUCCCGGUUUACUGUUUACUGCCAACCUGGUACAUUUGUUAACUGCAUUCCUUUGGAGCGAUGUUAAGUUGUCAUGGUACAUCUAACAAAAGAACACCUCGAAUUACAGCAUCCUUGCUGAUCUUAAACUCAAAGUCAGGUAUUGAAAUAAACAAAAUGUUCCUAGAGUGACUUUUUCUGGAAAAUGUCAAUUAUGAAUCAAACUGUUGAGACUGUUGGCUUGAAAAUGAUGGAUUACAGCUACUCAGAAAAUAGCAGGUGGAAGACUAACUUUAAUACAACAGUUUUUCACAGUUUGAGGUUUUGAAAGAAAGGCCAUUUAAAGUAUUGCAAAGAGAUUCUUCUUUAUCAUUGCCAGAAAGUUCUUUUAAAAAUACAAAGGUAGAAGAAAGUGAUUUAUUUUCCAUCUUCAGUAUACAUACCAUAGUAAAAAACUUCUCAGAUAUUGAUUUGAGGAAGUGAUAAAGAAACAUAUCAAUAGACUAGAAACAUAUCAAGUGUUUGGAGGUAAAUAAUUCCCUGGGAUCAGGUAUAUGUAAACAUAUUUGCUUUAGUGAAUGAUAAAGGCAUGAAGUUCAGUCUUAGCAAAUGAGGUGGUCUUUAAAAUCUGCUGGAUACAAGUAUUGAAGUUUUAAGUAAUCUUUGUAUACUUUCUGUCUGAAAGUAUGUAUACCACAUACCGAUUAAUAAGGUCUAAAACAUGACUUACAUAAUGUUCUACCUAUGGAACCCACUGUUGGGAUGGUAAAAAUUGUGAGCUGUGAUACGGGAAUGAAUUAAAAUGUAUUAUCAUUGACAUGUAUUUUCUCUACAUGUCCACUGUCACAAUGGCUAGGUUCCUUGUUACCCAUCAUUGAAUGGAGACAAUUUUAACUGCAGAAGAUGUCAGAGGAAGAACAAAUGGUAGUAGAGAAAGAAAGGCAAAAAGUCGAACUUGCUUCUGUGCUGUCCAAGAGAGCUCUUUUUCCUCAUUCUGCUAUCGGGAUCUUCGGCUUUCAACAUAGGUGCCAAGUACAAAUAGUGCCAAUUAGAAAGUAACUAAAUAUAGUGGCCAGCUUAUCAGAUAAUCUUGAGAUAAUGAUCUAACGGUCGUGUUACAUGGGAACUAGUUUAGAUUACUACCAAUAUGGUUAAGACUUCAUAAUUGCAUAGUCUAUAAGAUCUAUUAUGUCAUUUCUUCAACCAUUUUAUUUUAAGAUCUGUGAAGCUUCUUGAGACUGAACAAAAGAAUAAGUGGCAAGGAGUAGAUUGUGACUUCUUUUUCCCCUUGGGAAUACUAUUUGCCACCAUUCCCCUUUCCUUGGUGAAGGUUAACUGAUUUGGAAAUUAGUUGAAUAUUAUCAUUCUGUUUUUAACUAAAAUGUACAACACGCUGCGAUUUCCUCAAGCUAAUUUCACAACGGUCAUUACAGUCGUUCUCAGCGUCGAGAAAGGAAUACAAAUAACCUGCCUCAAUUUCUGCUUCAUUGAUAAGUGUUUGAAGAGUGUUGGUAUUCAAGAAUAUGGCAGUAAGUAGAUUUUUGAAUGAAAUUUUAAAGAUAAGCUGGCUAAUCUGUAUGCACCUAUAAAUUCUGCAGAUGGUCUCCUGUUGGCGUAAAAGAAUGCAUGAAUCCCAUAGUUAGCCAAUAAAUGGAGCCUAACCCCCUAUGCUGAAGAAUCUGUGCUUACUUGAUAUGGUGGCUGAGAGAAAAGUAGUGUGAGGAAGUAGUUUUUAAAUCAGUUUAUAGUUAGAAAUGGGAGAAUACCAGCUUAACUAUGGAAUUUUUAGAAUGUGUUCUCUUGCGUCUAAGUCUGAUUGUAAUGAAAAAGCCCCAGCCAUUGCUUGUCUCAAAUUUCUCUGGUUGUGUAGUGAUUCUUGAGAUUAUCUUUAAGAAUAAUCAAGUAGAAAGAAACAUUUUAUAAAUAAGCCUUGGCUCUCAUGAGCAAUUGUUUAAAGAUUAAGUUAAAAGUAUUUAAGCUCACUGAAAGCAUAAUAAUGGAAAUGUGGAAAAUAUGGUGGGUAAAGGAAACUACCUCAUUCUUCGAAGGUUUUGUAGAAGCACAAUUAAGCAUUCUAAAAUGGCUUUGUUAAUAUGAACCAUCUGGUGUGAAAGAACUAUUUGUAAUGUAAAGGACCUGGAAUAAUUGUAUUUUGCUGGCAAUAGACAUAUUCUUU